AUGGUCAACUUGGCACUGAUGGAGAAGACACACUUGAUGAAAAUUCUCUUUUUAUUGGUUAGUGCCGGAGAAUCAAACAAUGGUGAAUAUUCGGUUUAUUACCCUUGGAGUUUUAACAACCGUGGCCAGUUAGGAUUGAGGGAUAGGGAGAACAGGGCACAUCUAGAAGUUGUGAAAACAUUUGAUGAGGAGACCCUUUGGACAAUUUAUGACAUAUCAUGUGGUGCUACUCACACUACCUUGCUCAUUCGCAAAAAGAAAUCUACCGAGUUAGAAAGCAAGUGUUGGACUUUUGGCCUUGGGAAUAAUGGCCAAUUCGGACAUAGAACAACACAAAGCGCAUUAUUUUCUACACCUGUUCAAAACUUGCCGCAAGAUAUAUAUCUUAUUGGUAUCGAUUGCGACUUGUUUCAUACAAGUGUGGUUUCCUCAUCAGGGGAUGUGUGGUCAUGGGGAAUGGAGAAGGGUCUUGGCUUAUGCCUUGAUGCUGCUCGUGGUUCAUCAUAUUCUCGUGAUGCCCUCUCACCCUUGCGUAAAUUGUGUACUCCAUACCAACCUAAAUUUUCAGAUCUGUUUCAAGUUGCAUGUGGAGCUGCACAUACUGUUGUUGUUGCGCGGAUGGAUAUAAUGUGUGGUCUUGGGGUAGGGGGAGAUGUGGAGUUCUUGGAACCGAUAACGUAUUGGAUUGUUAUACCCCCACCAAGGUGCGGUAGCCUCCAGCGACAGAAGAUUCAGAGGAAGAGGAAUCAAAGAGCUCCCAAACCAUCGAAGAAUAGGACGCAACCCACAACUGCACCAAUGGAGAACCUUCCCACCUUUGUUACGGUAUGCGUUCUUAACCCAGCCACCAUGCGAACAAGCUCUACUAGAGCUACCUGA